AUGAAUGAAAAUGUGUUGAGAAAUAUUCUAAAAGAAUACCUUGAUGUACCCCAUAUCAAUCAAUUAUCUUUCUUAAUAAGAUAUGUUUUAGAUGAAGACCAUAAAGAGUUAUUGUGUUUUUUUAAAGAAUACAUGGCAUAAAUAAAGAGUAAGUCAAUAACAAUACCAAAGAAAGGAAAUGCAACCAACUGUACUAAUUAUAGGACAAUUACACUAUUAUCACACGCCUCGAAAAUACUUCUUAACAUCAUUAAAAAUAGGCUACAAGGGAAAAUAGAAGGUCAGCUAGGAAAAGAGCAAUUUGGGUUCAGGAGAGAGAGAAGAACUAGGGAAGCAAUCCUGGCUCUGAGACUAAUAAUAGAAAGAAGGUUGGACGUGAACCUUCCAACAUAUAUAACAUUUAUAGAUUUAGAAAAAGCUUUUGACAAAAUAGAUUGGUUCUUGCUGUUUGGUAUAUUAAAAAGAAAAGGAAUUGAUUGGAAAAACAGAAGGAUUAUCCUGAGAUUAUACAAGGAUCAACCAACACUGAUAGAUAUAAAUGGAACCAUAAAGGAAGCUAAGAUAAGAAAAUGUGUGAGACAAGGCUGUCCCUUGUCGCCUUAUUUGUUCAAUCUAUUCAUGGAAGAAGCCAUCGAAGAAAUGAAAGAGGUCACCAACAGUGUAAGAAUAAAUGGAGAAGUGGUACACAGUAUAAGAUUUGCGGACGACAUUGCACUGGUGGCAGAAAGUGAAGACAGCAUGAAUCUCAUGCUUAACAUAUUAUCAUGGGUUAUGGAUAAAUUUCAUAUGAAAAUAAACGCUACUAAAACAAAAACAAUGACAGCCUGA